UUUUUUUUCUUUCUUAAAAUAUGAGUUCAUUUAAAUCACUACCUAGUAACUAUAAACAAAAGCAGAAUAGUAGUACCAUUACUAUUUCUUUUGUCCGAGAUAAAAGUAUUGUUGAAACCAGCGACAUUAUCCUCAACAGUCCAUCUUCCCUUUCUUCUUCCGUCAAAAAAUCUUCGCCGCUCUCAAAACCAUCAUGGAACGACGAAGUCAACGAUAGCAGUAUGAUCAGCCAAAAGAGUUGGUUGACACGACGGUGGUCUACAGUGUCAGCAUCCCAGAUGGUAAUAAACCGUAGAAGAUAUAAAAAGUCAACGGCAUCGCAGCUUUGGUUGAACCGACAGAAAAGACGUACCUACCCACCUUGUAUCGUUCGUCAACAAGAUCAAAAAACAUUGACUGUGUUCAAAAGAAAGCAUCACAGACAAAGUCUUGCUGAUAUCCUGACCGUAUUUUACCAUAGUGGUUCAUCGGACUCAACUAACUCCUCUUCGGUGUCGAAAAGAAUUGGUAAAAUGUUAAAGAAGAAAAAGGGCAAACAACCGUAUAAUAAUAAUAGAAAUAAUAACAAUAAUAAUAAUAAUAAUAAAAGGCUGCGAAUUGAUACUAAAUCAGACGCCAUAAAACGAGUGUUUCCACCAGCGACCAUGUCCAGUAACUCUUCUUCACCUUCCACUCAAAUUAAGUUUCCUACACCCCCUAAACGAUUCUCUGCGAUUUUUAUAGACGCUUACGGGCAACAAGGAAAAAUAGAUUAUGUACGACCUAUAAAAAGCAGACCACAGUAUUUACUUAAUCUUAUUCAACACGGCGUUGAUCAUAAAAUGCCACCCAUAACAGAUACGUAUGGCGCCAAUCAAGGAAACCCACGCCUAUCCAUGUAUGCAACAUUGUUUUUAUUUGGCUUUCUGUUCUUUCCAUGCUGGUGGAUUGGUGCCUGGCUUCAUUAUCACAGACCCAAGGAAACCUGUUGUGGCAGUCAUUUUCACUUGUUUUCAGUACGCACUUUUGCUUAUUUGAACGUAUUAUUUGCUGCCAUCAGUAUAUCUUUAUUCAUUGUCAUCCUGUCGUUACUUAUUUGGCUUGCCAAAACUCGAUAAACAAACAAAC